AGACAGUUGUACUUUGGAGCAUCGGGUCAAGUGAUCCCCAACUGUCCAUAUAGCUGAUGUCAACUAUCAGGAAUGGCCGCUUUCCCCCUGCUCCUCAUCGGUGCUGUGCUCCUACAGGAGCUGCCGCCAGCAUACACCGCAGGACUAUUCCGCUCCAGACCAGAGGCUAGUGGUGUGCUUCGGAGGCAGAAGCGGCACAACUCAGGCUUUUUUGAGGAGUUUAUGGAAGGCAACAUAGAACGCGAGUGCAUUGAAGAAGUCUGUGACCUGGAGGAGGCCAGAGAGGUCUUUGAGAAUGACGAGAAGACGAUGGUCUUUUGGCAGAGCUACUUAGAUGGAGACCAGUGUAAAUCAUCUCCGUGCAAGAAUGGAGGGUCCUGUGAGGACCAGAUGGGGGCAUAUAUUUGUAAAUGUAGGACAGGUUACGUUGGGAGUGACUGUGAGAUUGAGCUGGCCAGGCAGUGUGAUGUGGACAAUGGCGGCUGCAUGCACUUCUGUGACGUGGUGGGAAGGCAUGGAGCGGAGUGCCACUGCGCUACUGGCUACAAGCUGGCCGAGGACGGGGUGACCUGUGAGCCAGAGGGAGAUUGGCCAUGUGGCUAUGACAAGAGGGUUGUCCGUCUGAGUGGUGCGGUGCGAACACUGCAGACCAACUCCACCAACUCCACCAACACCACCAACACCACUCUCUCAAGUCCUCUCAACAGCACCACGGACACCAUCACCACCACGGACACCAUCACUAUCACGGCCACCAACGUCUUCCCCAUCUCUGGCACCCAAGGGGGCAGACUGGUGCCCUCGCACAGCAAGUUACCCAAGUGGGUGCACCAGAGUCAGCAGCCCGCAACAGCACGACCGGAGACCCAGCCACCCAUCACCAACACCACACCAGCUCCUACGGACACCCAGCCACCCAUGACCAACACCGACGACUCCUCUACCGGCAAGAACAAUCAUUUGCGCAUUGUUGGUGGGGAAGAGGUCACACCUGGGGAGAUUCCAUGGCAGGUGGCGCUGGUGAUGCGCUCCACGGGGGCGGUGUUCUGCGGGGGCUCCAUCGUGGGGGAGGAGUGGGUGGUCACUGCUGCUCACUGUCUGGUGGACGCACCGGAGCGAUCGUUCUUUGUCAGAGUGGGUGAGCAUGAUGUCCACAGGACUGAGGGACACGAACAGGACCUGGAAGUGUCCAAGCGCCACGUCCACCCUCUCUACGCGCCGGCUCAGAACGCCUAUAACCACGACGUGGCGCUGCUGCGUCUGGCCACCCCCAUCAAAUUCUCCCAGUAUGCCCGGCCCAUCUGCCUGGGGCCCAAGACCUUCACGGAGUCCCUGCUCCGCUCUGGGGACGAGGCCACGGUCAGUGGCUGGGGCCGCAUGCGCUACCAGGGCCAGACGUCCAGCCGGCUGCAGAAGGUGGAGCUGCCCUAUGUGGAGCGCACGCAGUGCAAGGAAAGCAGCAGCGACCGCAUCACCUACUUCAUGUUCUGCUCCGGCUACUCUCACAUGGCCAGGGACGCGUGCCAGGGCGACAGCGGGGGCCCCCACACCAUGCGCUACCGGGAGACCUGGUUCCUGACGGGCAUCGUGAGCUGGGGCGAGGAGUGUGCCAAGCAGGGCAAGUACGGUGUGUACACGCGCAUCUCACACUACUACAGCUGGAUGCGCUACGUCAUGGGUCUGAGCAGAAAGAUGCUUGUGAACAUGGUGGACCCAUAACCCUACUCCCCCCCCCCCCCCUCCAUUUGACUUUCUAGAGUCCAACUGCGUCUCCCUGCACUGUGUGUGAAGGACUAAUACAUAUUGCAGUAGCUUUAUAAAUGGUGAUUCAUCUCAAUCCUGGAGUAAAUAUGGCUUUAUAUAUUAAGAAAAAGAAUUACCCCAUUUGAAAUGGAAUGCAGGCGUGUAUUUGAUAUUUGUCUGUAAGAUAUGGAUUAAAAAAUCUAAAUGGCCUCACAUUGAGCUGAUUUGUCUUCUGACAGACCCCAUUGAUUACAAUGCUUCAUGUUCUGUGGGGGGACAGAAUAACAUGACAGAUUUAUAAUGCAGAUAUACAUGUACAGUGUGAUCAUUCAUCCAUGAGAAGUAUUACACACUUCAGUGUGCACACUAGGGUUCAGUACCCACAGGUAUACACAGAGGGCAUCCAUCACUGAAGGAGGCCAGACCCUAUCAGUCGUCACAUUAAAUUGUUUUGUCAUGAGUCAUUAA